UGGCGGCGGCGGCGGCGUGGGUGCGCGUUGCCGGGCAGUCAGCUGGCCGCGGGGCGAUAAGAGGGCGGGCGGCGCGGGGCGGCGGCGCUCGGUGCUCGCUCCCUCGCUCACGUCCUGCCGCGCUCCGGGGGGGGGAGAAAGGCGCCCGCUCCGCCAUGGCCGAGACGAUCGCGGACACCCGGCGGCUGAUCAGCAAGCCGCAGAACCUGAACGACGCCUACGGGCCGCCCAGCAACUUCCUGGAGAUCGACGUGGGCAACCCGCAGACGGUGGGGGUGGGCCGCGGCCGCUUCACCACCUACGAGAUCCGCGUCAAGACAAAUCUACCUAUCUUCAAGUUGAAAGAAUCUACAGUCAGAAGAAGAUACAGUGACUUUGAAUGGCUAAGGAAUGAACUAGAAAGAGAAAGCAAGGUUGUGGUUCCACCUCUUCCAGGAAAAGCUCUUCUCCGUCAGCUCCCUUUCCGAGGAGAUGACGGCAUAUUUGAUGAUUCCUUUAUAGAGGAAAGGAAGCAGGCUCUCGAACAAUUCAUAAACAAAUGUGAGGUAUUAUCAGCUUGUGUAAUGAUGCAUAUUUUCUCUAAUCAUCAUGAGAAUCUUUAUGAAGAUGUAAAAACACUACCUGAGGCUUGGGACUCUAAAUGCUGAAGUGCACUUACUGAAAGUUUUGUAUGCUGAGUCUAGCAAUAUGUGGGGGAAGAGGGCUGUUUAUGUUCUGAAGCAGCUGAUAGUACAACAGUCAUCUUAACUGGAAUCUCUGAAAAACUCAGUAUAGCUGACAAAGGGAGUGGCCAGUUUACUGGUAUCACUUGUUUAGUCCUACAGCAAGUAAUAGGUUGAUCUUGUGGAAGUGUAAAACUUCUUGGUCAAUUUUUCCUCCUUUGAAACAUAAAACCAGGCUGUUAAUGAAGAUAUUGAUGUAGUGGCAGACUUGAGUACAGCUGGAACAAGGCUCUUCAGGCACAACUCCUAGCUAUUCAACCUCAUCAAUUUAUUCUAAUGGCAUGACCAACUCAUCAAGCAAAUAUUAUUAAUUAAAGUUUUGUACUAUGUAGAAGCUUUAAGGCUUCUACCAAGUACUCUGGGUACUAGUGAACUUAGACCUGAAGGUAAUUUGCAUAAUACAUUCAUAUUGCUGCAUUCUCAAAGCUAGUCUUUACCUCUAGAACUAGAGAAGAGUCCCUCAGAUAACUGAUACCACUAUAUCCAAAAAAGAUCUUGGUGCACCAAUGCCAGUUCUUGAUACCCAGGAGUGUUAAGAUAGAUGUUGAGAAGCUUUAUCCCUCUAGAUCUAAAAUCUAAGAGGGAUUAAAUCACAGCAGUGCAGCUUACUUGAGUCAGCUCUCUUGAGCCAGCUUGCUGGCACUACCAUCAAUACUACAUAGAAUGACAUUCACAGGGGUGGCUAUGUUGCAACAUUCUUGUCUGCCUGA